GCCCAUCUCAAAUCUUUGCAAUCUACAACCAUCUAUGUCAUCUUUCAGACCAAGAAGAGUGAUACCAAGUGCUAUCAACACCCCCACUUCCGUUGUAAUCAAGUCUUCCAAAUUGGCCACCCAAUCCGAAACCGAAAGGAUUUUAACGGCUUUCAUAGACAUCAGUGAAUCGGUUGCAACUACGGUACCAGGACAAGCAUCUUCAUCCAAUGAAAUUUUGAAUGCUGACAGCGGGUUGAGUAAUAGUACAGGGAAUGCUGCUAUAAUAAGUCAAUUAAAGAGAUUACAAAGAGAUUUGAGAGGUCUCCCACCCACUUUAACUGAGUUCAACUUAGUACCAGAAUUAUCCAGUAAUAAAAAGAUUAGGUUUGAUGAUGAUAGCCAAGACCAACCUUCCAACAAGAAGAUAAAAUUUGAACUCGAAGAGCCUCAAGAAGUUAUAAUUCAAACUGCAAUGGAUGAAACCGUGGAUGAGACUAUUAACGACACUGCUAACGAGACUAAAGACUAUCCUUCUAGUGGUGAAGAAGAGGAGACAAAAGAAGAAACCAAGGAAAAGAAGAGUAAGAAGGACAAGAAGGAAAAAAAGGAAAGGAAGGAAAAGAAACAUAAAAAAGAUAAAACAGACAAGAAAGAAAAAAAGGAAAAGACCCAUAAACACGAUAAGUAAAGCCUUUUGGAUUAUUUCAGCUACUUUAUGGCUUCAUAGUUGCAUGUUGGAUCAUACCUACACUCUAAAAUAUAUAACUACACAUUUGU